CCAGGCGGGAUUUGUGAACCAAAGUGAGUCGAGUAUUGUGAAAAUAGUUGAUAAGGGACAUCAUAUAUAUGCAAGCUGAUUUCAUUCAUUCGCCUAAAUGUCUGCCACCGAAGGUUCACCAAAAUGGAAGAAUCCGUCUGAUGUGAUGAAAGUUCGAAAUAUCAAACGGCGAACUCUAGCUCGUAGAAAAACUAUCCACGACCCCACUGAACUGUCGUCUGCAUUGCUGAAUUCGAGAUCAGCUUGUCAUCGUCCAGUCAGCAAGAGGAAGAACCCGUUUGGCUGUACGUCAGACCACAACAAGAGGCCGAAUCAUGGGAAUAAUCUUAAAGAGGAUCCCAAAGAAUUCUUUAAGGCGUUAGAUGUUGUGAAUGAGAGAGAGAAUGAUGCAUCGAUUUGUGAGGACGGUAGCAGCCACAAUCCACAUGCUACGUCCGACGGCGGUGAUGGAGAGAGAAGCCUGGCUAACUUUCAAGAUGAGCAGAAGUGGCAGACAAGCGAGGGAUCACCCAGAAGAUGUGCUGUGAAACUAACAUCUGCACAUGCAGUCAAUAGGAAUGAGCAACUGCAUGACACUGAGUUGUCAGAGUUAGUUGCUGACCAGCCCACCAUGAAGACAAACUCCCCACACCCCAGGGUACAGUGUCACAAGCACCUGCCACUAGACUGGAGCCUGAAGGUGAAGAUGAGGAUUGUGUCGAAGGCAUCUCUGGCAUGGUGUACCCAACUGAAGAUGAGUGAGGAGGCACGGGCUCUCAGCCAGCAUGUGCAGGGGCAGCAACAGUGGCACAGUGAUGCUGAUCGCACCUCAGCUUUCCACAGCUGCUGCCUGUAUUGGGUGCAUCCCAGCAUCCCCUGGAUCAAGCCCUUCCCACGCAUUGUAGCAGAACAGAAGAUCAGCCAUGUCAGUAUUGUGGGAUCCAAUGACGAAGCAACACUUGCUCUGCAUAGAGACUGGACUGAUAGCUUGACGUCAGUAUUCCACCUACUGAGAGCUGGGAAAUGUCCGUACUUCUACCUGUGCACUCAUCAGUUCACCGUGUUGUUCCGUGCCGUGGUAGGCGUCAACAGUCAGACAAAUAUUAAUGCUUGUCUCACGCCUACAACACGUGGUCUCAGGGAGGCCUUCAAGCAAGACGGAAUUAGUUUCCGGAUGCCGAACUUAGAGGGAAAGAAGCUGGAGUUGUCCGCAGAGAUAGUCUCUGCUGACCAGAACACUGACCCCGUAGCCACUUCAGAGCCAGAUCACACACCAGGUCCUCAUAGGACUGCCUGCAGCUACGGUGAUGAAGAUGAUGAUGAUCUGAUUGACAAUGAUGAAGGCGCGUCUGUGUGGCUGGAGAGCAUGGGCCUGGACAAGAAGAGCUUCCCCUCACUUGACCCCAAAAAGGUCAAACUUCAGCGUGAAGGUUUCCGGCGUGUAGACAACCGACCAGAGUCGCUGGUAUACGUGGAAGGUGCUGACGUUCAGGCGAUGUUCAACUUUCUCCUCAACUGCAGGAGCUGCACAGCCACCAGCGGCCCUCAGGCUGGCGUUCCCCCAACCAUCCUAGCUCCCACACCAUUCAAAGGUGCCACACUGAAGCCUAAUAAACUGAAGCACUCGGUGGCCAAACAGACGGAUGCUUCAGGAAACAUCCAGAAAGGUCACGUGAUAGAAAUGUCUGGACCCAUCCUUCCCCACCAUGUGCUGAAUGUAUCUCACCUCCUGCGAGAUCUCCAAGAGGAGGAUUUCACCUUGACAUUCAACACACAUGAACCUACAGCAUCUCUGAACCUAAGGGGUACAUUGCUUCAGAGUGAUCCAUGCAAGGAAGUGGAAGCAUCUGGCUUACACCCCAAAGCCGAGGAGACACUGUCCAGCGUCUUCAACCUACGUGACAACACUGUGUACAAGGAAGUGACCAGCACACAUCAUGGCUUCAGCUUUAACCUUUGAAGGUUUUAUGAAAGGAGCUAACAGGUUGAAAUCAAGAUGACUUUUCUGAGUAAAUCUUGGGGUGUGAAGGUAAUGGGAAGGGUUUCACAGUAAAUGUGUGGUAAUGAUCCAAAUCUUAGAUGUUGUCAGGUUUAGGUUUUUUCACAAACAAUGCCUGAGUUUUGUUUUGUAUCAAAAUGAUCUCAAUGAAAAAAGCUGAUAAAUGUGUAUUUUCAACAAUUCAUAAUAACUCAACUGAAGUGUUGCAGGUUUCUUUUUUCAGACACAUUUAUGUAAAUCUGUGUUAAAGUGAACAUAUACAAUAUAUAUUUAAUUUAUGUCAUCUACAUAAUGUUUUUAGAUAUACUUUUUUAUCAUGUUAAUAAAACUGUUG